AUGGUGGCAACAUCAGCAACCCGCGACGCCCACGUACUCAAGAACACAGGGACAGAUCUGCUCGGAGUGAUAGGGGACUACGACAUCAAGCGAUCCCCAACUUAUACAGAAAAUACCCAGUCCGAGACAAAGCUAGUCUUGGUUUCCGGAAUCCUGCGUGAGGCACAAGCACCACAAUUUGACCCAACCCUCGCACCACAUCCUCCUGUACCUUAUCCGGUAUCCAAUCCGGAAUGGUGGCAGGACCAGUACCGCAAGGUCCCAGAUUUCCAACCCGUGAAUCGAGAACUUGAUCGAGAGCAGAGAAGGCAGUCUCCUUUGUUUAUGGCUGUGGGAUUCUUCAUGAUUGCUGGAUGCUCCAUGGUUGCCAACUGGUCUUCUUUGUGGAGAAAUACCGUUGGAAAAUUCAGUACGAUUGGGGUUGGAGAGAUCGGUGGUGAAUGGUAA